AUGGACCCUGCUGCUCGCGCCCCAGCCCCGGCCCUGGCCCCGGCCUCAGCCCCAGCCCUAGCACAAGGCCCCCUGGCGCUCCCUGGCCUGGGAAACCCAUCGCCCCUUCUCUCCUCUAGACAAGAAGUAGACAGAAGUGAACGAGGAGCUUGUCUUUGGAGACCCUGGCUCUACUCUACAAAUGACCUCCCAAGGCAGGUGAGGAAACCUGUGGAUUUGGCUGCCGGUGGGGCAACAGGUGCCGAGGUCACCAAGGUUGACUCUGAGUUCCAUCACCCUGUCAGGCUCUUCUGGCCUAAAUCCCGUUCCUUUGACUACCUGUACAGCGAUGGGGAGAUUUUACUGCAGAACUUCCCUGUCCAGGCAACCAUCAACCUCUAUGAGGACUCAGCCAGCGAGGAAGAGGAGGACAAAGAAGAGGAGGAGGAAGCAGAUGAAAAAGGGUCAGAAGGGUGUGUGAAGGCGCCAGGGCCAGCGCCGCACAGGGCCUCAGCUCCCUCUCCCUCCCUGCUCCUGACCUGUCCCAAGUGAGCCAGUCAGAGUCUAAUUGGGGUCCGGUAUGCCUGGCAAGGCUUCAGGGCAUCGAUUAGCCAGGAAUCUCCAGG